AUGAAACUACUCGAAGGAAAAACCGCCAUUAUAACAGGAGCCACCCGAGGCAUUGGCAAAAGCAUUGCCCAAGAAUUCAUCAAACAUGGAGCCAAUGUGGUGUUUACUUAUGUCGCCUCCAAAGAUAAAGCCGAUGCUUUGGAAGCCGAACUUAACCAAACAGGGGUGGCCAUAGCCGUGCAAUCGAGUGCCGAAGAUUUUGAGGCCGCUCAAGCUUUAAUAGACUUAACGGUGGCUAAAUUUGGGCAGAUUGAUAUUGUAAUUAACAACGCGGGAAUUACCAAAGACAAUUUGCUUAUGCGCAUGAGCGUAGACGAUUGGAAACAGGUCAUCGAUGUGAAUUUAAGUGCCGUUUAUAAUUUGACGAAAGCGGCCAUGAAACCCAUGCUAAAACAACGCUCGGGCUCUAUUAUUAAUAUGAGUUCGGUGGUGGGCAUCAAAGGCAAUGCUGGACAGGCCAACUAUGCCGCUUCCAAGGCGGGCAUUAUUGGGUUUACCAAAUCGGUGGCCAUCGAAUUGGGGUCGCGCAAUAUCCGUUGCAAUGCCAUUGCCCCUGGAUUUAUAGAAACCGAAAUGACCGCCGCCUUGGAUCAAAAAGUUGUCGAAGGUUGGGCGUCGGCCAUUCCUUUAAAGCGGGGGGGGCAACCUUUGGAUGUGGCCAAUGCCUGUGUGUUUUUGAGCAGCGAUAUGUCCAGAUCUAGAAACGCUCCCUUAAAUUUGGCGUUUCAUUUGGAUGACUUUUUUACGGUGCACAGCAUUGUGGAUGAACGAUCGGCCGGGUUUGUGGCCUUGGGUAUGGCCCAACAACUUAAACAACCCGUGGCUAUAUGUUGCACCAGUGGUUCGGCAGCGGUGAAUUAUUACCCAGCCGUGGUGGAAGCUUUUUAUCAAAACAUUCCAUUGGUGGUGAUUACAGCAGACCGACCCGCCGACUUAGUGGAUCAGUUUGAAGGCCAGACCAUUCGUCAAAAUGGUUUGUUUUCAAAUCAUGUACACAAUCAAACCGUGUUAAACGAAAAUUUGGAUGCCGAUUCACAAGACCAAUUGAUGGAUUGUUUAACCCACCUUUAUCAACAUCAAGGGCCGGUGCACAUUAACAUGCCCUUCACCGAACCCUUGUAUCAACAAGCCAUAAGCCAAACAUGGACUUGGGAAACCCAUUCAACAUUGGUCAACAAUGACCCGAUGGAUGAUGCAUUAAAACGCAUUUGGCAAAAUAGUCCCAAACGCCUCAUAUUAUUGGGAAUGCACCCUCCCUCCCCUACUCUAGACGCCUUGAUCGAUUAUUGGCUACAAGAUGGCCGUACGGUGGUUUUAAGCGAAACCACCUCCAAUGGACAUCAUCCUCUUUUGAUUCAUGGAAUUGACCAAUGCAUCACCAAUAUGGACCCCUUAGACUUGCCCCUAUUUUAUCCCGAUUUGGUAAUGACUGUUGGACAAAAUGUGAUAUCCAAACGCAUUAAAAGCUUUUUAAGGGCCGCUCAACCCCACCACAUUUGGCACAUCGAUCGACAUUGGGCCCCAGAAACCUAUGGUCUGAUUACCCACCAUUGGGCGUACGCAUUAGAGGAUAUCAUGGACAUUUGGAUCCAUCAAAUGCCCAUUACUCAUGGAGAAUAUCAGUCCCGAUGGGUCAACAUUCAAACCCUGAAAAUUAAAAAACACCGGAGUUUCCAAACCGAAUUCUCGGAUUGGCAAGCCAUUUAUGCCUUGAGUCAAUCGAUUCCCGCCGACUGGCAGAUUCAAUGGGGCAAUAGUUCUAUUGUACGAUAUGCCCAAUUGAUGCAAUGGCCCAAAUCCAUUGUGCAUUAUGCGAAUCGAGGAGUAAGCGGUAUUGAUGGCAGCACAUCAACGGCCGUGGGUGCUUGUAUGGUCAGCGGUCAAAACACUCUAUUG